GUAUGUAAGCCAGUUACAACUAAUUUGCAUGUUUCGACGAACGUCUGGAAAGUUCGCACGUUGUAAACAGAAAAUAUCAUUUUACGUCAAAAUUACAGGAGAAUAAAGCAACACAAUCGGAAACUAUUAUUGUGGACAAUUUAGAAAAAGAUUUAAUCAAGGAUGGUGAAGGAAACUGGGUACUAUGAUAUGCUGGGCGUCAAACCCACAGCCACACCAGAUGAAAUUAAAAAGGCAUACAGAAAAAUGGCAUUAAAAUACCACCCAGACAAAAACCCUGAUGAUCCAGAAAAGUUCAAACAUAUAAGUCAAGCCUACGAGGUCUUGUCUGAUGUAAAGAAAAGAGAAACAUAUGACAAAGGUGGGGAGGAAGCCAUUAAAGGUGGCGGAACCGGCAGUGGCUUUGACUUUCAUUCACCUAUGGAUAUAUUUGAUAUGUUUUUUGGGGGUGGGAGUCGCGGAAGGUCGCGAGGCCCACAGAAGGGCAAGGAUGUUAUACACCAACUUAAAGUAUCUUUAGAAGACUUAUACAAUGGCACAACUAGAAAAUUGUCCUUGAAGAAAAAAGUUAUCUGUGCGAAAUGUGAAGGUAAGGGUGGGAAAGAGGGAGCUGUAGAAAAAUGUGGAAACUGUAAGGGAACAGGUAUGCAGGUACAUAUAAGACAGCUGGGACCCGGCAUGGUACAACAAAUGCAGUCUGUGUGCUCGGAAUGUUCAGGCAAAGGGGAGACAAUAAAUCCGAAACUAAGAUGCAAGACUUGUCUUGGCAAGAAGACUGUUGAUGACCACAAAAUAUUAGAAGUCCAUGUUGACAAAGGUAUGAAAGAUGGUGAAAAUAUCCGAUUUGCUGGAGAAGGGGACCAAGAGCCGGGUCUCGAACCCGGAGAUAUUAUCAUUGUAUUGGAUGAAAAGGAGCACAAUACAUUCAGACGUAAUGGGCUUGACUUGAUUAUGGAGAUGGACUUAUUGUUAGUCGAGGCACUGUGUGGUUUCCAGAAAACUAUAGAAACAUUGGAUAAAAGAACGUUGGUUAUAACAAACUUGCCAGGUGAAGUUGUGAAGCCAAAUGACAUCAAAUGUGUUUUGAAUGAAGGAAUGCCUUUACAUCGCGACCCAUUUACACGAGGACGUUUGAUUAUCAAAUUCAACGUAAUAUUUCCUGAAGCGGGAUCUAUACAACAUAAAAAACUAGCUGAGCUCGAGUCAUGUUUACCAAAACGUCAAGAAGUAAUAAUUCCAGACGGAGCUGAGGAACACACGCUGGUGGAAUACGACGCGAGGGCACAGCAUCGUCGUGGCGAGGCUUACGACGAGGAUGAGGAGGGUAUGGGAGGACAACGUGUACAGUGUGCAUCACAUUAAUGACUCACCAUACUUUAAGUUAUUUAUAACUUGUUGAUUUUAUUAUUACAUGUUAUAAAAUUAUUCUGACUUAAGAUGCAAUGUCUCUUGAAAUUUUUUGUUGUUGUUUUUUUUAUCAAUUUGAAAAUUUGAACAUUUAUUCAUGGAACAAGAUUAUUCAAAAUCUAAUUCUUCAUUUUUUUCUCUUUUUUUUCUUUCUUUGCGUAGAAAACCCAGAAAAUUUUUUGUUUAUAUUUUUUAUGCGGGGCUUUUCACUAAAGUGAAUUUUAUUUGUUACUUACUUAUGUCAUGGGGGGUGAUACAUAAGAAGUAGCGAGGCAAAUAUUUAUGGCUCCAAAACAGAUUGUGUGAUAAUGUCAAACCGUACAAUACAGACCUUAUCAAAAAAGGGGGGCGGGUUGUCAAAUUUCUAGGGGGCAAAUUUUCCAUUUACCAGCCUGUAUAUAUACAGGAAGGUGCUGUGCAGUAAGAAUUAUUUUACUUCCAGAUGAAAACAAGAACUAUUCUUCUGGAAAGUAUUGUAGUGAAAACCGAUGAUGGAUUUGAUCUGUAAAUAUAUUUUUUAUCAUUUAAAGAUCCUGUAUGUUGUAAUUAAGGAUGUACAUGUAACAAUACAUAGUGAAAUUUUAAUAUAUGUAUAUAAUUAUUCUUCUAAAACAAUUUUCAAACAUCCAAGAAUAUGCUAAAUAUGUUCUGCAAAUGUUUAUUCACAUUAUAACUAACCAUUAAAAUAUAUGCAUUCAUUUCUUACUGAAAAGUUUGGCAUAGACUUUGACUUCUAAUUACCUCCCUUUAUUUACAUGAAAGAAAAUUCUGUAAUAUCUUUACAAAUGAUGCAUUUUUGGAACUUAAUAUUGAAAUAUCUUCAUUUAAGCGUCAUAGUUAUGCUAUAAAACCAUUAAAAAAAUUGAGUUACAGGAUCUUUAUGUUGUACAUGAAUUCAUUGUCUAAUGAGUAAUCUUUUUUGUAUUCAUUAUUAGACCAAAACAUUAUAAUACAAGUUAUUAAAACUUUGCUGAUAUCAGAACCUGACAAUGGUAUGGUAUAUAACAACCAUUUUGCCCUGCUGUUAUUUUAGUUUGGUUUCUUUAAUAAUUUGUGCUGAUAGUUUGGUAAUGGUUCUUUAAUAAAGGACUUGGAAGUAUUAAAAUGACAAGAUGUAAUAAUAAUAUCGUAAAACUAAUCAAUAUAUUGUAACCUUGACAUUUUAAAGAAAACCAAUACUAUAUUGAUCAUCCGUCUGGACAUGUUUUAUAAAUGCAGGUUACAGGGCUUUACAUCCGUCUGGACAUGUUUAAUAAAUGCAGGUUACAGGGCUUUACAUCCGUCUGGACAUGUUUAAUAAAUGCAGGUUACAGGGCUUUACAUCCGUCUGGACAUGUUUUAUAAAUGCAGGUUACAGGGCUUUACAUCCGUCUGGACAUGUUUAAUAAAUGCAGGUUACAGGGCUUUACAUCCGUCUGGACAUGUUUUAUAAAUGCAGGUUACAGGGCUUUAGAAUUAAGAUUUUCAGAUGUGCCAGUUAAUAGAAUUGUAUGUUUUUGUUGAUAUUCAUAAGUAGUUACAGCAUAUGAUUAUUUUUACUGAACAUUUACUUGAAUGUUGAAGUCUUGUGGAUGUCAGAGGAUACCAGUGUGCCGAAGUUUUUCAAAUUUUAAAGCUAAUCUGUUUAUUGUUUUCUUAAUAUUCUGCUGUGGUAUUUUGCCUAUCUGUGUUUUGAUAUAAGAUAACUUUGAGAUUUGCCAGUGUAACUUUGUGGAUAAAAAUACUUGAGAGAAUGAAUGUUGACUUACCAGCAAGACAAGUUAUUUGUGUAGACCUACAUAAAAUGAAACAUCAAUCUCAAAAAAAAAGAAAAGAAAAAAAAUGUCCAGUCUUGGGGGGGGGGGGGGGGAAACUCGGUGGAGUCCCUUUAAACAUGUUAAAAGUUUUCUUCUAUAAGUUUCAAAUAAAUGUGUCAGUAAUAGAUGUCAUUGAUAGAUUGAAUGUCCAGUCAUGUUUAAAUGUAGUAUAUCAGUAAUAAUAGCACUAAUAUUUCUAUGGUACUUCAACAAUAAUUGCUCUGUGAGCAUAGGAUAUACAAGUUAAUUUUUCGUUCAUUACAAUACAUGUAUUUGUUUAUGUUAAUUGAAUACUUAUGCACCAAAUGUUAUUUAAAUGAUACACAAUUUAUUUAAGGCUCUUGGACUAUUGUAAACCAAUGUGUAAAAUUUCAUUCAAGUAGUUUAAAGCCGCAUGCCUCCAGAUGAGAAAAAUACGUAAGAUUAUCGAUCUUUAGAAUAAUGUAAUGAUUGUGGGAAAAGUAAAAAAAAAGAUUCGAAAUAAUUAUAAUAAUUUCCGUGUUAUUUCUGGUAAAAGACCAAUUUUGUAGUAUUUUUCACCAUAUCUAAAUGGCUAUUUUUGCAUAUUUUGGUCAUAUACAUUGGUUGUAAGUGCCGUUUGCAGUGUGUAAUAUAAUUUUCUUUAUUAUCUUCGCAAUAUUUUACUUUUCUAUACAUUUUAAAAUUUUUUAAUGAAAAUAAGCAGCAAUCUGGAGACAUGCCACUUUAAAUUUGAUAAUUGUAAUUAUAAUUAGGUGUUAUUUUCUUGAUGAGGUACAUACAGUAUAUCAGAACAAAGCAUUUUAAGAAAUGACAUUGUUUCAUGAGCAUGUUUUUUAUGCUGCAUUGGUUUAUGUAAAAUUUGUUGUAAAGUAAAACAUGUUGCAAAAGUUUGUCCGGACUUAUUUUUUAACUGGACAAUGGGGUGCGUGUUGGAUAUAUGUAAAAAAAAUGUUCACUUUAUACUACAUUGUGUAAAUUUGUGCAAAAAAUCAAUAAAAUUUUGAAUAUAA